GAGUGUGAGAAAGCUUUGGAGAGACAGAGGGAGACAGAGGAGAGAGCUUCAGCCUAGCUUUUCUUUGCUGCGCCUGGAGAGAGAGGCGUGUCCACGGACCAGUAUAAAGUCCAAAGAGAGUCGCUCGCAUUGAGCCAUUCUCAGAAGACGGUCCUUCGUGUUGCACACUGACAAGAGGACAAAUCUGUGGCUCUGUCUCUUUUUUUGAUGACGCUUUGCAUUUAGACACUUGUUGACCAGGUAUUUUUUUGGUGAAAAAGGUGAAUAAUACUUACCUGAAGAAACCACUUGUGAAUCCUUCAACCGCAACAAUUUUUUAUUUUUAUCACCACAACAUUCCCCACCUGAUAAAAGGCAGGCUCCAGUUUCUUCACUGUGAAAUUAAACCAGACGAACAGAGAGGCGAUACAGCAGAGGCAUUGUGUCCCUGCAGUCGAAACACUAACCGGCUGAAACAUCAAAGAUUCCUGUACAAAGUGUUCCUCUAAAACCAUCUUUGUCAGCCUAAAAUCUGCUGUUUGAGGGGAAAGUCAUCAAAAAGCAAGACAAGGGAAGAGUGAAACGGAGAGGAUCCUUGACAAAGGGCAAAGGACUACGUGCAGGUGUCUAAGCUGUCAUGGUGCAAGAACGUGGCGUGGCUCCGACCAGCUGGGGCCUGUGGACAUUCGGUGCCCUAUCGCUGGCGGCGCUGUGCUUGUCGGACCAGGCCAUCCACUGUCCAGUGUGCUCCGAAGAGAGGCUGGCCAGUUGUCGUCUGCCCGAGGGCUGCGUGGAAACGGUGCGUGAACCUGGCUGCGGCUGCUGCCCUACCUGCGCCCUCCCUAAAGGGGCACACUGUGGUGUGUACUCUCCCAGAUGUGGCACUGGCCUCCGAUGCUACCCACCACGCGGGCUGGAAAGGCCGCUGCACUCCCUGAUGCAUGGCCAGGGCAUCUGCACAGACGAGAGGGAGGUAGAGGAGAACUCAGCUGUGGACAGACAGGAAGAGAUCAUCCCUGAACACCCGAACAACAGCAAUAUCCGGUGCAGUCCCCAGGACAAGCGCUGCAUACAGAAGACCAUGGCACGACACCCUCUGAAAUCCACAAAUCUGAGAAGCAACAGCGCCAGAGAGGAGACCAAGCCAGUACUGGCGCCGUGCCGUGCUGAGCUGCAAAGAGCACUGGACAGAUUGGCAUCUAACAGCCGCACCCAUGACGACCUCUUCACCAUCCCCAUCCCCAACUGUGACAAGAAUGGAGAUUUCCACCCAAAACAGUGCCAUCCCGCACGUGACGGCCAUCGGGGAAAGUGUUGGUGUGUGGAUCCGAAGACAGGCAUGAGGCUGCCAGGGCCCCUGGAGCUGCGGGGGGAUCUGGAUUGCCACCAGUUAAUGACUGCAACCCUAAGGGACUGAAGAAGGCAGAUAAGGGACAGUUUGGGUUUGCUGGACCAGCUGACUUUACUGGUGCUGUUAGUAGAACCAUAUGACUAAAGGACUGUACACUUUAGCCUUCCUCUACCAAAGGCAAACGGUUGUGGAGCUUGCACAACAAAAGGAAACCAUUAAAUUGUUAUUUUACUACUAUGUUUCCAUAUGUGAGAAAAAGUGAUUUGAGUCUUUUGAGCACUUAUCUUGUUUUUUUUUUUCCUACCAUGUGAACUUAAGACAGACCGUCUUUAAACGUGCGCUUUAAAGUAUCAGGUGGCGGAAAAACAAAACACACUUCCUCAGAACGGGGCUGUAUAUGUGAUUUAUGUAAGAGAUGCUAACCUCUUCUCUGUAAUCCUCUUAAAAAGUGACAAAAAACAUUUACUCCACUUAAGUAUAGCCGAUGAGAAACAGAAACUUUUCAUGUUUUCUUCGUUCUGGAGCACUAGGGUGGUUGGAAUUACUGAAUCAGGACAAUCCAGAAAUACUUCUUUUGAAAGAUACGACUUAUUCAGCAAUUUCUGUUAUUUUUUUGUAUCAAAUAUUCUUUAUGUAAAACAAAGCACAAUAGGAUGAUAAAACGUUUCACUUAGCGACAGCUAAGUAGCAAACACAGUAGCAAACAUUUAUGGGAUGGGAACAAUGGAUUCUCUGAAAUAGGAAGGCAUUGCAAGGAACCCUCAUGAGCUAAUCAACAAAAAGCCAUAGAAUUUCACAUCUGGAGCACUAAAGUAAAAAGUGAAAUUAAGCAAGAACAUCUGCAUCUCUGAGAGCCCAGAGUAGAUUUGAUUAAUCCUCCUGCAGUGAACUUUCCAGUUCUUAUGACCAACGAUAGCAGUAAAAGCAUUGGCAGCGUUGCUGAGCUAACAAUUCUGUACACUGCUGAUAGGAUAAUCUUCUUUCCCCAGCUGGUGCUAAAAGAUGCUAGUACGAUCCUUGUGUUUGUAUGGAUAUGCCAAACCCUUGGCAUACAAGAUUUUUCCCCAGCAGACUGCUUGGCAGAACUUCACGGUGCUAUAUUCUGACUGUGCCAAAAAUAUAAAGCAAAUACGAUUUCCACACUUUUUUUGGCCAUUGUAUAGCAUUAAAAAAAAAAGUGGGAAAAUUAGCAUUGACAUGUGAGGAGAAACCUUAUGUAUGCGACUUUCUGUUUUAGCUAUUAACAAAUGUUAUCCUUUUGUUUCAAAUUAUGACAAUAUUCAGCUUUGCACUAUCUGACACAUUUUUACUGGCUAGUGUUCUAAAGCAGGCAGGACAUUUUCAUUAAAUAAAGCAGCAUUCUGUAAUAACUGCUGGGUUACUUCUAGCUAACAAAUUGAAUGUUUUAAUCUGAUGUUGCAGCAAAUGUAACACAAAUAUGCAGUGCAAACAAAGAAAUGUUUUUGUUGGUUCCCUCUUAAGUAUCUUAAGUUUAAUAUUACUGAAGGUAACCUGUAGCACUAGCAAGCAGCAUGCUAAUUGUAAUUUAAUGCCCCUUUUCCAUUAGUACCUAAUAUACACUGCAUGGCCAUAAAAAAGUCGCCACCUGGAUUUAACUAAGCAAAUAAUAAAUUGCAUAAUUACUGCAUGGGCGA